AUCGAUCGGACCCCGAAAAAGCGAAGCGAGCUGCCUGCCUAGUAUAUCCAUAAUCCACAGGCUUGAAUUUCUUGUGGCGCUGAUGCUCUGCCGAUUCCAGCUCCAACGCCACUAUUUUACAACUUGAUGAUGAAGGAUUGAGAAUGAGAGAGGACUCUGCUGCUGCUGCCUUUGCUGUCACUCACUCACCACAAUGGAAACGACGACGUCAUGCUUCCUGACCUCCAAAGCAUCGUCCAAGAGCAUGGCGGUGCUGCUGUCGCCCACCGGCUUCGCAAAGCCUAAGCCUCGCCUGUUCUUUGCCGGCGGCCGCCGUGCUUCAGGCUGCAGCAUCAACGCGCGGGGCGCGUCGGAGGACGGCGGAGCGCCGCCGCCCAUCGACCCGGACUGGCGCUCAUUCCGCGCGCAGCUCUACUUCAACGAGCAGCCGCAGCAGCAGACGACGGUGAAGAAGCAGGUCGGCGACAAGUGGGCGCACCCGCUGGUGGAGCCCGAGAAAGGGUGUCUCCUGAUCGCGACGGAGAAGCUGGACGGCUCGCACAUCUUCGAGCGCACGGUGAUCCUGCUCCUCUCCUCGGGCGUGCGGCAGCUGGGCCCCGUCGGCGUCAUCCUCAACCGGCCCUCGCUCAUGUCCAUCAAGGAGGCGUCCGAGACCAUCUUCGCGGACGACGCCGACAUCGCCGCCGCCUUCGCGGGCCGCCCGCUCUUCUUCGGCGGCCCGCUGGAGGAGUGCUUCUUCAUUCUCGGGCCCCGCGCCCAGUCGGCGGCGACCGCGGGCGGCGGCGGCGGCGACGUGGUGGCGCGGACGGGGCUGUUCGAGGAGGUCAUGCCGGGGCUCCACUACGGGACGCGGGAGACCGUCGGGUGCGCCGCGGAGCUGGCCAAGCGCGGCGUCGUGGGCGUCCGGGACUUCAGGUUCUUUGAUGGAUUCUGCGGGUGGGAGCGCGAGCAGCUCCGCGACGAGGUCCGCGCGGGGCUCUGGCACGUCGCGGCUUGUAGCGCCGCCGUGCUGGGACUCGCCACCGUCGUCAAGGGUGGGCUAUGGGAGGAGGUGCAGGGGCUCGUCAGGGAGAGGAGGGUCUAGUGUAGUCAACUGCCUGCUGCCUCACUGGCACUGCUGGGUGGGUCAGCAGGUGGCUCCAAUGGCUUUCCUUGUAAUUAAAUUGCUCAAUCAAUCAAUUAACUUGCAAGUUAAAUCAAUCAACGCAUUCAUCA